CCUUCCUUUUCCUUCAACUUGAUCUUCAUAUUCUACUCUUUUGAACUUUCAAACCUCAAUUUUGAUAAAUUUGUGUUUUUUUUAUUUAUUUAUAAUCAAUUUUUCUAUAUCCACUGUGAAUUUAGAGGCUUUAGAAAAAUCUGUUUUUUUUUAAAUGUUCAGAUUUGUGUUCCUGUGCUUAGAAUUCUUAUCUUGGUUGAUUUGAUGAGUGUGGUAGUGAACUUGCAGAUUGAUUUUUUUGCUACUUCGCUGUAUAAAUGUAAUCAAUUUUCUGUUUUUGACUUUUGAUUCUGCUGUGCAAAAAAUUGAUUUUGAGUGAAUUGAUUUUGGUUAGAAGUGAGGUGAAUGUAAAGUGAUUUAUGUUUGGAUAACUUUAUGUGAAAUUGAGGUGAACAAUAAAUUUUAACGUAAGAAUCACGUUUAAACUCAAAAGCUACAAAUUCCAACUUCAAGUAGAAUCAAUUCUGGCGGCGGAAUUAAAUUCUAACUUCAAGUAGAAUCAAUUCUGGCGGCAUAAUCAUUUGAGAAGUGAUUUUGUAGAAUUGAGUUUGAAGUGAACUGAUUUAAGUUUUUUAAACCACCAUCAUCGCCCCUCUUUCUCUAAAAAAAUUAGGUUAGACUGCUCGGAAAAAUCACGAAUAGAAGCCAUGGAUGAAUUGCCUGAUUUGCCUGAUUGUGUCCUGUCUUACAUAUUUUCAAAGUUACCUGUGGUGGAUUUGUUGAGAACAAGCGUAUUAUCGAAAAAGUGGAUUCAUGAAUGGGGAUCAAGGACAGACCUCAACAUUGAUAUACAUAACAUGUUUAAUCAGGAUACUCUACACAAAACCUAUGGUGACUUUCUCGUGAGACUCGAUCAAUUCAUCUUACAUUAUCCAGGUGCCACCAUUCGUUCCGUAAAACUCAAUUAUCCAUUAGAAGAUGAUAUUUUUAGUGACAUAGUUGACAAUUUUAUUUCCCAAGUUAUUUCCAAAGGCGCCCAACGGAUUGAACUCCUUUGCUCAAAACAUAACUCCCCAGAUAUUCAUUUCAUUACGGGAAAAGACACAUACAAGUUUUCCUUCACUCACACUAAUCAUUCAUUGAACUAUCUGCAUCUACAAAACUGUCGUCUAUCACCUUCUAUAGACUUCACUCAACUAAAAAGCUUGACAACUCUUGUGUUGCAUCUACUUAAUCUAAAACAACAUAUGCUCUCAGGUAUAUUAUCUAACUGCGUUAAUCUUCAAGACCUCACACUUAAAAACUGUCUAUAUGAUUUUGACGUAGAUAUAACUAGUCCCUCCCUCUGUCAUUUGAAGAUAGUGGAUCAUAUAAAACUUUGGCGCACUAUUCAUUGGAAGUUGUGGUUAGAUAUAUAUGCGUUAAACCUUUCAUCCUUUGAAUUCAGCAGUAGACUUGCUAGCUUUAAAUUGAAUAAUAUCAAGGCUCCUAAGUUAUCAAAGUUUAACUGCAAUUGUAAAACAAUUCCACCUUAUGUGUUUUGUGGGAUGGAUAAAUUGAAACAACUUGUCUUGGUUGAAGUCCUUGUACCAAAGGAUAGCUUGCCUGCUUUGUUUUCUAAUUGUCUCCAACUCGAGGAACUAACCUUCUGGGGAUGUACAUUUGAGUCUUCAAUUAGUAUUAUCAGUCCAACGUUGCAUCGCUUGAACAUAAUUGACUUUGAUUGCGUUCCCUGGGACUUGGACAUUGAUGCAUUGAAUCUAUCGUCCUUUGAUUAUAGAGGUCAGUUGACGAUACGUUCUAUUAAGGCUCCUCAAUUAUUGAAUCUCUUUUGGAACACAACAAAGAAUGAACAAAUCCCACAUGCCUUUGACAUCAUUGCAACUUUACAUCAGCUUCACAAUCUUUCUAUCAACUUGAGUCAUUCAAAUAUAGCCAUACUUCCAAGCAGCUUGGGUCCAUUUCAACAUCUUAGAAAGUUGAACUUGUUUAUUGGUGGAGGAGAUUCAUCAGACCCUAACUAUCCUUUCUUCCGUAUUUUAGAUAUUGUUAUGGCUUCGCCCCUUCUCCAGGAACUUUGUAUUAAUAUUGGGGAUACACAAUCGGGCGCCAACGACACAUAUCAAAGACUGUUUGCUCGACACAGACACCUUUGGGAAAAUAUGAGUUGUCUUAAGAAAAUCACUUUCGAGUCUGGUGAUAGAUUCUAUGUUGGUGCUGGAAUUUGGAAUACUGGUUCUGGCUCCGACGAUGACAAAUGUGUUAGUAGCGGCAUUAGUUUUAUGUGUGAGAGGCUUAAAGAUGAAGUAAUGAACAAUGACUACUUAUCAUUCUGUAGUAUUGUUGAUUAGUUAUUUAUUUUGUUUCCUUAAAGUUUAAGUGACUUCUCGGCUUAUCGGGCUACUUACAGACUACUUAUCAUUCUGUAGUAUUGUUGAUUAAUUA